CAGCGCCAGACAGGACUACAUACACGGUGACAGACAAGACUACAGACACGAUGACAGACACGACUACAGACACGGCGCCAGACACAGCGCCAGACAGGACGUCAGACACGGCGACAAACACGAAUACAGACACGAUGACAGACACGACUACAGACACAGCGCCAGACAUGACGACAGACACACCGCCAGACACCACUACAGACAUGGUGACACACACGACUACAGACACGGCGACAGACACGGUGACAGGCAUGGCUACAGACGCGGCAACAGACACGGCUGCAGACAACAAGACUACAGACACGACGGCAGACAUUGCUGCAGAUGCGGUGACAGACACGAUGACAGACACGAAUACAUACACUACAGACACGACUACAGUCUCGGUGACAGACACCGAUGUAGGUACAUCAGCUGUUUCCAAGGCUCCACGAACCACACACCAAACUACGCCUUCCCUGGCUUCGUCAACAACGCACUCAACAAGCCCGGUGUCUAUCAACGCAACAAGUCCUACCGUCCGCAGCAGCGUCUGCGACCUUCGUGCGUCCACGGCGCAUGCGUGUUAUACCUUCAAACUUCUUCACAAAAACAUGAUCUUCAAGGAGGCCGCCAUCUUCGAAGCCAGUGGGAAGACAUUAGCAAGCUGCGCGGAGAUGUGCACGUCCAAUGGUCAGUGCACAUGCUUCGUCGUCUACGACAACGGAGACUGUCGCCUGACUACGUGCUUACUGGGGGCCCAUCUGUUUGAACCCACCACAGAAAUGACGUCAGUGUACAGCAUCGUCAAGGUCGACUAGGUGUGCACGACGGCCUUCAAAUAUCUGUUUGCACUGGGUGGGCUAACAAUGCAUGGCCACACGUAUUGAAGUACCAUGAGUGCGUCACUGUGGUGAAGUAAACGAAGUGCUUAUAAAAUCCUCAAAUGCCUACCUUGUCUACGAUGUCAUUGUCGAUUUCCCAGCACAAUCACUACGUGUUUCCUGCAUCACAUUGCCCAGUAAUACCGUGUAUGGUAGAUAUUUGUCCAGCAUCCACGAAUAGAGAGUAUUCUGCUCAAAGCAUCGUCAACUUCAUCAGGCCUCUCCAUGAACAUAUAUUUGACCAGAAAAAACAUUUUUCACCUUUUUUAUGUUUUUGUGCACCGAACUUGUUGAUCUCACUCCGAUAUCCAUAAUGCCAUUGAAAGGCUGACAGUAGUGCUGGAACUAUAGUGUUGCACCACUAAAUACAUAACGCGGCUUAUGAUUGUUAUAUUAGAAUAGGAAAAAAAUUGCAAGCGAAUCCGUGGCAUAUGUUUGGCUUACCAAGCUACUUUUUUGCGUUUGUUUGCAUAAACCGAAAAACAAUUAGCCCAAGCCCAGUACCAACCUACUGUUUCCUGAUUGGCUGAUAACAGAAUGGGCAGGACUUGUGUUUCAUCAUCUCACUGUUGGGUGUCACUUUUGUCUACAUUUUUGUGUGUGCUUUAAUAAUAAAAUAAGCGAAGUUUGUGAAGUUA